GUCAUUCUUUGGUCUCCCAUUGGUCCGCGGGGCUCUGGGCCGACCAAUAGGAGCCCGCGUGCGCCUGGCCGGGGUGACGUUGGCAGCGGAAGUAAAGUUAAAAGGCCGAUUUCAAGCUGCGUCACAAACUUCCAGACUUUGUCCGGUUUGUGUUCGGAUCAGCGCAGUUCGUCUCGCUUCGUAUUUCAGUUCGGUCGCUCUCGGUUCGGUUCGGUUCCGGUAGACAUGUCGGUGACGGUGAAGGCCUACCUGCUGGGCAAGGACGAGCAGGUGAAGGAGAUCCGCAGGUUCGCCGUGGACCAGGAGGUCUCCUGCAGCUUCGAGUACCUGAGCAAGAAAGUGGCGGCCGUGUUCUCCAACCUGAGCUCGUGCCCCUUCAACCUGUUCUACAAAGAUGAAGAUGGAGACCUGGUGGCGUUCUCGUCUGAUGAUGAGCUAAUGAUGGGUUUGACCUUCGUGAAGGACGCUACGUUCCGCCUCUUCAUCAAAGAGAAGAAGGAGCACCGUCGUGACUUUCCUCUUCACGCCUUCCCCCCCUUCGCCUUCGGCACCCCUCCUCCUCCUCAUGGACCUCCUCCUCCUCAUGGGCCCCCUCACCAUCAUGGGCCCUUUCACCCUCAUGGAGCCCCUCAGGCCCUCCACCCGAAUGUCACCUGUGACGGCUGCGAGGGCCCCAUCAUGGGAACUCGCUUCAAAUGCUCCGUGUGUCCCGACUACGACCUGUGCUCCACCUGUCAGGCUCAGGGGAAGCACACGGAGCACGCCCUGCUGCCCAUCUGGCACCCUCUGCAGCACUUCUUUCCUCGGGGGAAGUGGAUGAAGAGGAUGAGACAGUGCAUGUGGAAUCAGCAGCCCGGUCAGAACCAGAACCAGGACCAGGCUCGGAACCAGGAGCCGGAGCAGGCCGGGCCUUCCAGACCCGCGGAGGACAACGGCGCCCCCGCUGCCUCUCAGGCCAGCGUUGACUUCCUGAAGAACAUCGGCGAGGGCGUGGCGGCCAUGCUGAGCCCGCUAGGUAUCGACGUGGACAUCGAUGUGGAGCACGAUGGUCAGAGAUCGAAGGUGACUCCACCCACUCCCAGUGGACCUGAACAGCCUGACGUAGAGAUGGCUGAAGGGGGCGGAGCCAGCAGUGAGGGCGGAGCCAGCAGUGAGGGCGGAGCCAAGAUCGAAGGAGGUACCGACCAAGGGUCUAAGGUAAGCCGAGACUCUGAUGACGAGUGGACUCACCUGACCUCCAAAGAGGUCGACCCGUCAACAGGUGAGCCGCAGUCGCUGCAGCCAGGAGGCCCAGAGGGCCAGGGGCCGCCGCAGCAGGGCCCCACAGGCCUGCGGGAGGCGGCUCUUUAUCCACACCUGCCUCAAGAAGCUGACCCCCGCCUGGUGGAGUCUCUGUCGGCGAUGCUGUCCAUGGGCUUCAGCGACGAGGGCGGCUGGCUGACCCACCUCCUUCAGGCCAAAAACGGCGACAUCGGCGCCGCGCUCGACGCCAUCCAGUACGCCAAGCAGCCCCGCCCACGCCAGUGACAUCAUCUCAGCUCCCCGCUGACCUGACACCUGUUAACUUUUAAUCAGAAGCUUUACUCACAAGUCUGUUUUAAUUAAUGCAUUUAUUCGUUCCUCUCUUUCUAUGCUUUACCAAUUUCUGAUAUAACCGAAUAAUAAAAACUGAAAACCA